GUUUACAGCUCUUUUUGAACUGUGGAAAACUUUACAAAUAUGUUCUCGGAGCACCUUUUUGCUCAUUUAUAAGACUGUCAGAUAAGAAAAAAAUGAUUUAAAAUAAUAAGGAAAAAAAAGCCCUUAAAAGUGAUCUAACUUUGUGUGCUUUUAGAGCAUUUAGGCAUUAUCUCUAUUACAUAAGGCAAGGGGAGACAUAUGGUGUCCUCUUUUGAACUGACUAUUUAGCCCCCUUUCCCUUACUAAAUUACAAAGAUAAUAUCAAUAUCAAAAUGGGGAUUCAAACAAAGCUACCGGAAAUUAAAUUUCAACAUCACUCCCAAAUCACUUAUGUUAGGAAACUUUACAAAUCCCUUUCUAAAUCACGUUCAAGAAAUCCCGCAAAUCACUAAACUUUACAAAAAACUAAAAAUUAACUUACAAACCAAAACUAAUAUAGUAGGGCGUAAAUACAUAAAAAAACAUUCACAAAAUUCACUUACAAAUCAUUGUUCUCAAGAACUCACAAAUUUCACUUACAAAUUAUUCUUUAUCUAUAUGCAUAAAAAUCUGUAAAAAACAUAAAAUUUCGACGGGGAUAUCACACAUUUGUCCAUCGGCGAUUUGCAAACUUCCAAAAAGACUGAAGGGCGAGGAUGUGAGGGUGGAAGAGGAAAAGGUACUUGGGACUCCAUGAUUGAAGCCGACAAAGGAAGGAAGGCAGUUGAUUCCUACAACCUUUAUAAGGAAGAUGUUAAGCUGCUGAAAGAAAUGGGUAUGAAUUUAUACAGAUUCUCCAUAUCUUGGUCAAGAAUAUUACCUGAUGGUACUAUCCAUUCGGGCAUUAAUCAAGAAGGCAUAAAUUUCUACAACAAAUUAAUAGAUGAAUUGCUUGACAACGGAAUUACUCCUAUGAUUACUUUGAUGCACUUCGACCUGCCACAGGCUAUACAAGAUGAGUUUGGGGGCUUCUUGAGCCCAAACAUUAGCACACACUUCAAAGAAUAUGCAAAUCUUUGUUUCCAGGAGUUUGGUGACCGAGUAAAGUAUUGGGAGACAAUCAAUGAGCCUCUAAUUUAUGCAUACCUUGGGAAAAAGAUGGGAUUUCCUCCUCAACUUCAGACUGAACCUAAUUCUGUAUACACUGCUUACCACAAUAUCAUCUUAGCUCAUUCUGUUGCUGCAAAACUUUACAAGCAAAGAUAUCAGAAAAAACAAGGCGGUAAAAUUGGAGUUUCAUUGCCAAUUCAAUGGUCUAUGCCAUUUUCUGAUGAUCCUAAAGAUUUGGCUGCUACAGAAGCGAGUGUGGACCUCACCGUUGGCUGGUUUAUGAAUCCACUUGUGUAUGGCGAUUAUCCGGAAUGGAUAAAAAAGAACAUCAAUGGACUCCCAGAAUUCAACCAAGAGCAAAAGGAGCUCGUGAAAGGCGCCUAUGACUUUAUUGGUAUAAAUUACUACACUUCAAGAUUUAUGCAACACAAUUUCUCUUAUGAUGGAAUGACCGGUGAAAUCACGAUCACUUUCAAGACCCAAAUCGAAAAUGCCGAGAAGAAGAAUCUUGGAAAACCAGCCGAAGGACGAAAGGAUAUUUACCAUCAUCCUGAUGGACUUAAGCAAUUGCUACGUUAUAUGCAGAAUAAGUAUGACAAUCCUGAAAUGUAUGUAACUGAGAAUGGUAUUUCUUCACAACCUAGGAUAACGGGUUCGUACAAGGAUUUGUUAAAACACGGUAAAAUCAAAGAACUACAAGAUGAAUUAUAUGAUUACGAUAGAAUCAAGUAUGCUGUUGGACAUCUGAUAGCUAUUCAUGAUGCAAUGAGUGAGGGAGCCAACGUUAAAGGCUAUGUGGUUUGGUCAUUGCUGGACAACAUGGAAGUGGGAAGUGGUUAUGAUGUUCGCUUUGGUCUCAAUUACGUUGAUUAUUUUGACAACUGCAAGAGGUAUCCUAAGCUAUCCGCUAAAUGGUUCUCUAGAUUUCUUAAAGCUUCAUGAGAUACCUUUGUAUGAUUAUGUAAAAGGAGUCCCCAAAAUAUAGUAUUGUUGAAUUGCACAAUAUAAGUAUGAAAAAGUGUUGGUUAAGAAGGGGUUCAGUUUAAGAAUUUUAUUAUGAAUUUACUAUAUAUUCGUAUAAUUUUAUUUAUAUUUCUUAUCUGUUUAUACAUAAUGGAUAUUACUAAUUCAUAAAGUAUUUUGUAUC